UGCAACCUCCCACCACUGCCCUCUAAUAUACUUACCGGUGCUACUUCCCUGACUUUGUGCAGUUCGAGCCUUUGUCUUCCGCAACACCAGCGAUGGCUUUCUCGCGAAUGUCCGGCACUACGCUUGCUCUGCAGUCCUCCGAUCUCGACGAGCUGCGCGUCCUACAUCCAGCUGCAUCCACAAACUCCUCCUCAUCCUCCGUCGCCCCGUCGUCGUCAUUGUCCUCCAUUCGCCCGUCAUUCAAUGCCGUAGCUGCUACCGAAUACUUCCUGGGCCCUGAAUACUCCUCAGAGUACCCGGAUCUGCUGACGGACUACUCAGUCGGCGAGUCCUACACCCUCUCUGACUACGUGCCUGCGACCAACUUCGAGCCGGCGCCAGACUUUGAGGAUCAUCAGUUCAGUCACGACAUCUCGGCGCAGGCUUACUCAGUCCCGUCCACGGCUUCUUCUGUCUUCUCUCCGCUGCCACUCACGCCCGUGUGCGAGACCGCUCAAACGUCUUCGACUUUGCAGCAGCAGCAGUCCAAUGUUCUUAAUCGCUCGCCUUGUCUGAAUACUACAACUGCAGCUGUAGCCGAGGAGAUCGCCGCCUCGACCAAGCGCGUGCGCCGUCGCAAGAACUCCAUCUCGGAGAAGGCUGCCAUGAUCAACCCCGACAUUCGCCCCCCGCUGCACACAAUUGGCUCGCGCAAACCCCUCGUUCUUCCUGAACUACCACCCGGGAAGACCAAAGACGAUCUCGCGCCUGAGGAACUUGCAAAUUAUAAGCAUGUUCACCGGCUGCUGCGAAACCGUAUUGCUGCCUUGGCGUCCCGCGAGAAGAAGCGAAUGUACAUCGAGCAUCUCGAGUCUGAGAACGAGAAGCUUGAGGAGGAGAAGCGGUAUCUCGACGCGCGAGUUGCCGAGCUUGAGAAGCAAGUGUCCAUGCUGGAGAGUCGGGCACGUUCUGACACCGCGGAGCUCAAUCCGCAGUCCCUAGUCAAAUCGGACGCAAACACAGACUGCCAAUUUCUGAAGCAGUCACCUCGCGUCGGGCACUCAUGCUCUGCACGACUCAGCCAGGACGAAUUUGACAAGAUCACCAUUGCCUCGGGCCUGCUGUUCGUGCUUUUGUACAUGACGUCUUCCAUGACCUACCCGUCAUUGCUCACCAUUCCGUCUCUGCUGGCGCCCCCGUUUGCAACAACCGUUCAAGACGAAUCCACUCUCUCGGCCCAGAUUUACAAGAUCCUGAACAGUCCUGCACCAGCAACCUCGCAGGGCUAUAUCCAGCUGGCUCCCAACGGUCCAAACACCACAAAGCGACCUCACCAGAGGAUGAUGUUUGUCACUCGUGCUGGAAUCCCAGACACUCUUCGUGAAGGCUCGGCCAUGAGUAUCAUCACGCCCGUCGCUUCUAAUGAUGCUGAGGCGGCAGCGGCUGAGACUCAACUGCCUUCGCCUCCAUCUCCCGGAGCGCUGGUUCGCGAAGCCACCGAGAUCCGACGGCGUCGGAGAUUUGGUAAGAAGCCAGCCAGCGUUAUAUCCAACGAUGACCCUCCGAAAUCCAAGAAGCGUGCUCUGCUUGAGGAAAUGGAAGUAGUCGUCAAGCGCAGGCGGGUCUUUCUCCCCCGGCCGAUUUGAUUUUCGAGCCGUUUACAUCAUCAUGAUCCUUACGAACUGUUCUUACGAAGAUAUCUACUUCUAUGAUGGCAUUUGUACGGGAGCGUUAAUGAUUUUAUUGCAAUUUUCAACGAUGAUGAUGAUGACGACGAUAACGAUGUCGACGACGAUGAUGAUGAUUAUGUUCAGAAUGAUGAUGACGAUUAUUUGCUAUCGGUCCUAUUGUGUUUAUGGUAUUAUGUUGUUGACGUUCUAAUUUGCUGAUAUGAUUUCUAUUCUUAUUUUUUUGAUCUGUCCUUCCGAGUGUUUACUGUUUCUUACGCCUAUUUGAUUUUUUUGCCAAUAUUGUUUAUUCUCUGGUUUCUCUCCAUAUUUUACUAUAUUAAUCAUUUAUUCUUUUUUGGAGCCAUCCCAGUUUUUUUCUUAACGAUAUUCUACCGCAUCUUCAUUUUUUUUCAUAUUUUCCUCUCACUUGUACGUGAUUGUCUUACUCGAUAA